AUGCAUGACCCGGACUCCGAGCGAUGUCGCAGAUUCGUUAACCCCGACCGGAAGGGUGGUUUCGGAUUGCGGAAUCUGCUUGCAUCUGCUACGGUCGAGAAUGCAUCGAUGGACAAGAAGCAGGUGGAGCGCGCCCAGAAGAAGUUGGACAGCGAAUAUGCAGGCAAAGGUGUCCGUGCAACGCUCAUUUACGAGGUCUUCAAAGGAGGCAAGCCUCCCCAGUCAGAUGGAGCAAAAGAGCUGCCGCGCAGCAUGUGGGAGAAGGUGCAGCUUCGGGAGCCAGAUGCGGAGCUCGACACGCUCUGGGCCCCGGAACGGUGCAGCUGCUAUUGCGGCUGCCGUGCAGAGCUUGGAGCUGGAGAGGGUCUCUCGCUGACUGUGCUGGAUCCAUCCCGAAUCCUCAGUCCUCUGGCUUACCAAGAGGAGCCGCAGUCGCAGCUGGGAAAGGCCACGUGGAUGGAAGGCAUAUCCGAGGAGGAAGAAGGAUUCAAGGAGAAGCCGCUCAACAAGCAGCUGAUACUGCAGAACGCGCGCCCAAACGUGUUCGGCAAGGAGUUCGAGAAGCUCUUGCAAUGUGGGCGGUGCAAGAACGCCUUUUAUUGCUCUCGCGAGAACAUCUGUCGCAAGCCGGAUGAAGAGGCGCCAGAAGCGUCUCUACAGGCCUGGCGCAUCACACAGUCUGCAAAGCCGGCACCGAAGGCAAAUCCUGAGCGCUCUGGCCGCCUGAUUGUCGGAGAGGAGGAUGUCAGCGAGACAGAGUCCCUCCAGCAAGUGAGGCAGGAGCUCCUCAAGGAAACCAAGGAAGUGAAUGCCAAAAUGGUCACCGCCAUGCAAGAUGCUCGUGGCGAUCCCACGGCUUUCCUUCCAGAGGUGCAGAGGCUCAAGGAGGAGUACCAGCAGCUGCUUCGCGACCGUUUGCGCUCCUGCAACUCCUUCAAAGCAGCAGCAGAGGACGACUUGGUUGCUGCCUCUGUCAAGAUGGGAGAGGAGUUGAUGAAGGAAGUCAUUAUGGCUCUUUUGCAGAGAGGGAUGUCCAACUCGGCCGGCGUGGACCAGCUGGAUUUAGCCAACAAUCAUUUUCGAGCAGGAAUUCUGCAGCAGAACCCCACGGAAGCCUUUGCUCUGCAAGAUGGUGAUUUGGAUGGCUUCGAGCCUGCCGUGCUCCGUGUUGUGGACAAAGGCUUCGUGACCGUUGAAGGUCUUUUGGACGCUGAGAUUGCCCAGGUGAUAUCCGAGGAGUGUGAAACAAACUUCUGGAAGCGACGUGAUGUCGGAGCCAUGAGUGCGGCCCAGGCAACGGCAGAGGGCAUCUUCGAGUGUUGGGUCCCAUAUCCUGCACGGAGAUGUAUGUCGCCUGAGUUUCAGCAUGCUCUUCGGAUUCUUUUUGGCCUGCCUCACGAGUUUGCCCGCAACAAGUACGGCAUGAAACUCAAAGUGCCAACCAUGGCCCAUCUUGCGUGCAUACCACCAGGAGCCAAAGAAGCAGUCCACCUUGACUUUGCUGGUGGAAGCGCAUCUGGUCGCGAGUUGACCUUCUCCUUGUUCCUGACCCAUCAGUGGACAGCGGAGGACGGUGGCGCCUUCAGAGCCUAUGUGGAUGGAGAUGACAAAGUUCUCACGCAUCCACCUGGCUCUGCAGAGGAGCUGCCAAGAGCUUCCUGCAGAGAACAAGGAAGUGCAGAAGAAGGCGGCGCAGUCUUCAAGGAUGUAUUUCCGGAAGUGGGGCGUUGCCUCAUCUUUCAGUCCAAGCGGCUGUGGCACGAGAUUCGACCUCCCAGCAAGAUGCUUUGGGUUCUCUCCCUGUUCGCAUACACCGAAUAG